CACUGGUGUAAACAAAAAACGGUAUGUUCGUGUCACAUUCAGAAUUUCUUCAGAAAUGUAAGUUUGGAUGGGACCCACCCAGAAUGGCUGACACAGGGCAGGACAGUCCUGAUUAUGAAAGACCCCCAGAAGGGAACCAUCCCAUCCAACUACAGACCGAUAACCUGUCUCUCCACAACAUGGAAGCUUUUCUCCUCAACAGUUCAAACUCUUCGCAGCCUCUGCUCCAGCUCUGCUCCAAUAUUCCUGUUGCCGUGGCUCCUGGAGGAGAUUCGGUGGCUGUUGACACAUCAAGUGUUUCCUGCUUGAAGUGAACUGGCCCUUUGCUUUCACAUUCCAAUUGAAAGCUCCAUGGUGGAGUCCUAAACAGAGGGAUGACCCACUGUAGUGACAAUGAUGAGCAGAAUGAUGAUGGAGCAGAAGAAGCCAACAAGAACCAGAAGAGAAGCAAAGCAGCAAAGCAUGUGUCUUUCCCCCCUGAUGAACAGAUAGUAUCCGGCUUUGCAGAGCACAGGGACGCUGACAGAAAGGUUGACAGCUGCCUCACCUUGACAGAGGUAAUGGUGGCAUACCAGCAGAGCUGCAGCAGACACCAGGUUCAACCCAGAGCGCACAUCCUGCAACAGCUCCAGCAGGGUGUGUGUGUAGGUGGCAGUGUGAAAUGUCUGGAUCUCAAAGGUGAGCGAUUAGACCACCGCUCCUGUGAAGCUCUGGAAGUCGUUCUGAAAUCGCUGCACUUUGAUUUCAUCAAUCUGCAGGCAGCCCAACUGGAAGAAAAUGGAGCAUCAUCCUUGCUGGAUAUGAUUUUGUACUAUGAAUCUACAACCCAUCUUGACAUUUCUGACAACAGCAGUAUGGGAACAUUGUGUUGGAGGGCCCUCGCUCAUUUGAUAAAGCAGAGUGUGCGUCUGUCCAGACUGGAUGUGUGUAAUGUUCCCAUGGUUGACUACCCAGCCCAGUCUCUAGCUAAUGCUCUGCUGACCAGCCAGCUCACAGUGCUGCACCUGCACAAUGCCCAGCUCAGCGGCAUGCCGCUAUACACACUGGUUGGCGCACUGAAGUCAAACAAGGCUUUGCAAGAGCUCUACCUUACCAACAACCUGCUGAACAGCUACCAGGAUGCCCUGCAGCUAGGAGACCUGCUACGCUACAACACCACUUUACACACACUGGAGCUCAGCAGCAAUGCUGUGGCAGAUGCUGGUCUGGAGGAACUGUGUGAUGGUCUGAGGUGGCAGACAGCAGGUGUGAAGGUCUUACUGCUGAGGAACAACCAGAUCACUGCAAAUGGAAUGGUCCAUCUGGCCAAGGCUCUGCCCAUGCUGAAGGUCCUGCAGGUCCUGGAUUUGGGUGAGAACCUCCUGGGGAAUGAGGGGAUCCAGGUGAUCAGAGAGCCUCUGAUGGUAAACCGCUCUGUGUUGCAGCUCGGCCUGGCCCAGGCAAACAUCACAUGUGAAGGAGCUGUGGCGUUGGCAGAGUUUCUUGCAGAGAGUCAUCAGAUUCAGCAGCUGGACCUGCGUCAGAAUGACGUGAAGGUUGGAGGCCUGAUGGCCUUGAGUCUGGCCCUGAGGAUCAACCAUUCGCUGACUAGCUUGGAUGUUGACCACAUCCUCCCACAGGAGCAGCAGGAUGAGUUUCUGAUGGAGACGCAGAUGAGGCUUCAGUCAGAGAUCACCCAGCACUGCCUUGCCAACGCCGGCCACUCCCGCCACGCCAUGGAGGCUUUACCCGCCGAGGCUGAUGGAGGAGCUGACAGCAUGACUACAGCCUGAGCUCACAUGCACACACAUACACACAUGCACACACAGAGGAGGAAAAAUGGCUAACUAUGAACAGAUCACCUGAGAAACCACUCAUGGAUUCAGUCAUACAGUCCCAGUGUCCCAAACCCAAACAGCUGACUAGCAGAUAUAUUCGAAUAAUAAUUCUAUCGCAAAUAAUGAUAACCAUAAAACUCCAAAUCUGGGUAAUAAAAGCGGAGUAGAGCUCCCUAAUGAAACGCCAGCCUCCCUGCUGCUUCCAGCUUAAUGUUCCCGCCGAGCCGCUCGACACUUUCCAUAAAGCAAUUUUGCAAGCCCACUUCAAACGUGA